UGCCUACAGGCUUGACUAGGAGGAGCCGUAGCCACUACUGCAGACUGCGGAAGUUUCCAAACGGUGUUUAGUAGACUGCAGCGCUGACCGGCCAGGUUCUUGUCACUACUUGGUGCAAGGCUCCCUAUUCCCAGAAUCCCCGCUAGUCCCAGAGUACGAAGCCUGGUGGGGGUGACAAGGAAGACUACAGGAAUCUCCUGGCCUGCGGACAUGGAGCCGCGUGAUCCUGGCGCAGCACAACCCGAGAAGCGGCGGAGGCUACGGCCACGAGUGCCCGCCAGCCCCAGAUAGAGGAGGCGAGAGGGCCAGGUUCUGUGGCAGCGGGAACUGGCAGGCCCUCAAGACCCCAGAGGAGGAGCUACGCCAAACCCGGAGCUGAUCCUGUUCUAACUCCACAGGGAUUCCUGGGCCCACUUCCCUGCGGCUGUCCCACUGCCUCCGUGAGGAAGUUUUCUCCUGGAGCUUUCUUGAGGAUUUAUCUCUAUCUGUAGAACUUGGCUUCUGGCAGGCCUCCUCAGUUUGUUUUGAGAGAUAACUUGUUUUGCUUCAACCCGAAUCCCCUUUCCCGGACCCCUUUUAACCGGAUGUUCUAGAUGACUGAAUGGAGUUUUGAGUUGGACUUUUUUGCCCCUUCCGGAGUCGGGCCUGGUCCCAGAGCUUUGUGGGUAGGGUGGAGGUGUUACUGUAAAAUGCAAGUUGGAUGAAAGGAGGACCUUUUGCCAAGGGCCCCGAUGAGUGGCACGCAGUCUACUAUCACCGACAGGUUUCCCCUCAAAAAACCUAUAAGGCAUGGAAGUAUUUUGAACCGGGAGUCACCAACAGAUAAGCAGAAAGUUGAGCGCAGUGUAUCACAUGAUUUUGACCCUACAGAUAGCUCCUCCAAGAAGACAAAGUCUAGUUCAGAGGAGAGUAGAUCCGAGAUAUAUGGUCUCGUUCAGCGUUGUGUGAUCAUCCAGAAGGAUGACAAUGGAUUUGGGCUGACGGUCAGUGGAGACAAUCCAGUCUUCGUACAGUCUGUCAAAGAAGAUGGAGCAGCCAUGCGGGCUGGAGUACAGACAGGUGAUCGAAUCAUCAAGGUGAAUGGAACACUGGUGACUCAUUCAAAUCAUUUGGAGGUGGUAAAGUUAAUCAAAUCUGGUUCCUAUGUAGCUCUCACUGUUCAGGGACGCCCACCUGGGUCAACCCAAAUUCCACUUUCUGAUUCUGAAGUAGAGCCAUUGGUCAUUGGACAUAUGUCUCCCAUUAUGACAUCCCCUCAUUCACCUGGAACAUCUGGGAAUAUGGAGAGAAUUACCAGUCCUGUGCUCAUGGAGGAGGAAAACAAUGUGGUUCAUAACCAAAAAGUAGAAAUUUUGAGAAAAAUGUUACAGAAAGAACAGGAACGGCUACAGGUACUAAACUAUAGGGAAGGACUGUUUGCAGGCCAAAUUUUAUUACAGGAAGAUUACAACCGAACACCUGCCCAAAGGUUGCUAAAACAGAUUCAAGAGGCCAAGAAACACAUUCCUCAGCUGCAAGAGCAGUUAUCCAAAGCCACAGGUUCUGCUCAGGAUGGAGCUGUAAUUACUUCCUCCAAGCCGUUAGGUGACACACUAAUAGUCAGUGAGUUAGAGGCAGAUCCUGGUGAUGGAAUAGGCAAAAUUGACUAUGGCGGCGGAGAUGUUUCUUGGCCCAGGAGUGACAAUGCAAAUGACACUCAAUCACUUACUGGAAGUCCCUCAACCCAUGCAGCACCUCAUAUUAUUGGAGCAGAGGAUGAUGAUUUUGGUACUGAACAUGAACAGGUCAAUGGGCAGUGCAGCUGUUUCCAGAGCAUUGAACUGCUAAAAUCUCGCCCUGCUCACUUAGCUGUUUUUUUACAUCAUGUAAUUUCACAGUUUGACCCUGCAACAUUGCUUUGUUACCUCUAUUCAGACCUUUAUAAACAAACCAAUUCUAAGGAGACUCGUCGUGUCUUCCUUGAGUUUCAUCAAUUCUUCCUGGAUCGAUCUGCACAUCUGAAAGUUUCUGUUCCUGAUGAAAUAUCAGUAGAUCUAGAGAAAAGACGACCUGAACUUAUUCCUGAGGAUCUUCAUCGCUACUAUAUUCAAACUAUGCAAGAAAGAGUCCACCCAGAAAUUCAGAGGCAUUUAGAAGAUUUUCGGCAGAAACGGAGCAUGGGGCUGACCUUGGCUGAAAGCGAAUUGGCUAAACUUGAUGUAGAGCAAGACAAGGACCGGGUAACUUUGGAGAAGGAACGGGCAUGUGCAGAACAGGUUGUUGCCAAAAUUGAAGAAGUGUUGAUGACUGCUCAGGCUAUAGAAGAAGAUAAAAGUUCAACAAUGCAGUAUGUUAUUUUCAUGUACAUGAAGCAUUUGGGAGUAAAAGUGAAAGAACCUCGAAAUUUGGAGCAUAAACGGGGUCGGAUUGGAUUCCUUCCAAAAAUCAAACAAACUAUGAAGAAAGAUAGGGAAGGUGAAGAGAAAGGGAAGCGAAGAGGAUUCUCCAGCAUCCUGGGACCCCCAAGGAGGCCAAGCCGUCAUGACAACAGUGCAAUUGGCAGAGCCAUGGAACUACAGAAGCAGCGUCACCCUAAGCAUUUAUCCAUACCCUCAUCUGUGAGUCCUGAGCUUCAGGACUCUGCUAAGUUUCGCCAGAGUGGGUUAGCAAGUGAAGGAUCAGACACUGGAUACCUGCCAGCCAAUUCCAUGUCUUCUAUGGCUUCAGUGGCCACUCUUUUCCAGGAAGGAGGGAAAGAGAAUGAUACGGGAUCAAAGCAAGUUGGAGAAACAUCAUUAUCUGGAGACUCCUUGGAUGGCACACCUCGUACUUCUAAUAUCAUCUUUGAUUUCCUGCUUCCUCCAUUAGAUCAGGUGCAAGAGGAGGAAUGGGAAAUAGAAAGGAUACCUGAACAUGGGACACCAAAGCCCUUUCGAAAGUUUGACAACAUAGGUUUUGGAGAAAGUCAAAGUGAAGAUGAACUGUUUGAAAAUGACUUAGAGACAGAUCCACCCAACUGGCAACAGCUCGUUAGUCGAGAAGUAUUAUUGGGACUAAAGCCUUGUGAAAUCAAAAGACAGGAAGUAAUUAAUGAAUUGUUUUAUACUGAAAGAGCUCAUGUUCGAACACUAAAGGUCCUUGAUCAGUUGUUCUAUCAGCGAGUGUCCAGAGAAGGAAUUCUGUCACCUUCAGAGCUACGGAAAAUUUUUUCAAACUUAGAAGAUAUUCUUCAACUUCACAUUGGGUUGAAUGAGCAAAUGAAAGCUGUUCGAAAGAGGAAUGAGUCCUCUGUUAUUGACCAAAUUGGGGAAGAUUUGCUGACCUGGUUUAGUGGACCAGGGGAGGAGAAGUUGAAACAUGCUGCUGCUACCUUUUGCAGUAACCAACCUUUUGCCCUGGAAAUGAUCAAAUCUCGUCAGAAAAAGGAUUCUCGGUUUCAUACUUUUGUGCAAGAUGCUGAAAGUAAUCCACUCUGUCGUCGUCUGCAGCUGAAGGAUAUCAUUCCUACCCAAAUGCAGAGGCUUACUAAGUACCCUCUUCUAUUGGAUAAUAUUGCCAAAUAUACAGAGUGGCCAACGGAAAGGGAGAAGGUGAAGAAAGCUGCAGAUCAUUGUCGUCAGAUCUUAAAUUAUGUAAAUCAGGCUGUCAAGGAGGCAGAAAACAAGCAGCGUUUAGAAGAUUAUCAGCGCCGCCUUGAUACUUCCAAUCUGAAGUUGUCAGAGUACCCAAAUGUUGAAGAGCUCAGGAAUUUGGAUUUAACAAAAAGGAAGAUGAUUCAUGAAGGGCCAUUGGUUUGGAAGGUGAAUAGAGAUAAAACUAUUGAUCUCUAUACAUUGCUUUUGGAAGACAUGCUGGUAUUGUUACAAAAGCAGGAUGAUAGACUGGUGUUAAGGUGUCAUAGUAAGAUUCUGGCAUCUACAGCUGAUAGCAAACACACAUUUAGCCCUGUCAUUAAGUUGAAUACAGUGUUGGUUCGACAAGUAGCAACAGAUAACAAAGCUUUUUUCGUCAUUUCCAUGUCAGACAAUGGAGCCCAAAUUUAUGAACUGGUGGCACAGACAGUUUCUGAAAAGACUGUCUGGCAGGACCUAAUCUGUCAGAUGGCUACAUCAGUGAAGGAGCAAUCCACAAAGCCAAUUCCAUUGCCACAGUCACCACCUUGCGAAGGAGACAAUGAUGAAGAACCUCCAAAAAUAAAAGUGGAACAUCAUGGCAUUUCAGUAACUUGUCUGCAGAGCACAGACAGAGAUUUGGAAUUAGAGUCUCCCUUAAUAUCAUCAAAAGCUCAACCUCAUUCACUGGAUGCCUCUGGGAAAUCAGAGGUAGAUGAUCUCUUUGUGUCUGAGAGAGAGUUUGCAAAGGAACAGCAUGCAGAUGGGACUGUAAAGGAAGUUGGAAUAAAACAUCCAAUCACAAUUCCAUAUUCACACCUGCCUGUCUCGGAAGGACAGUGGGCAUUGGAUGCACUAAGGAAUUUGGGUUUGUUGAAGCAGUUGCUGGUACAGAAGCUGAAUUUGACUGAGAAGAGCACUCAGGAAGAUUGGCCACAUUUCUCAACAUGCAGGACAGCCUCCCCGGGGGUGCAGAGAGACAGUGAAACCCAGAACUUUGAAAUUAUUAAGGCCUAUCAUCCUGGUGAAACACAGAUGCCCUUUAGAACUGAAACUGGUGACAUUUCAGCUUGUUACAGUCCCCAGGCUUCAACUGACUCUUACAUUGCACGGGAUUCAUUGUUACUGGCAUUCCAAGAUAGCCAGGCAAGUAACAUUUUAGUAUUGGACCACAUGAUUAUGACCCCAGAGAUUACUCCUGCAGAGCCAGAAGGAGGUCUUGAUGAGAGUGGAGAGCACUUUUUUGAUGCCUGUGAAGUACAUAGUGAUGAUAAUCCAUUAGAAGGUGAUGGAGCAGUUAAAACGGAAGAAAAGGAUGCUAAUUUACACAUCUCAGGAAACUAUUUGAUCCUUGAUGGCUACGAAACAGUACAGGAGAGCUCCACAGAUGAGGAGGUCACCUCCUCCCUUCCUCCACAACCCAUGAAAGGCCACCCCUUUGUGGACUCUACCCACCAGCCGCAACAUUCUCUCCAGAAUGCUCUUUCUGAUGGGGCAGUUUCACCAUUCACAACAGAAUUCAUGGUCCAGCAGUGCUGGGGAACUAUAGAAGAUUCCUGUUAUGAGACCCAGAGUGCCUCCACUUGUGCAGAUUCAGAAAGACAGAUCAUGGAGUACAUUCAUAAGAUAGAGGCUGACCUUGAACACUUAAAGAAGGUGGAGGAAAGUUACACCAUUCUUUGGCAAAGGCUGGCUGGAUCAGCCCUCACAGACAACCACUCAGAUAAAAGUUAGAGCUGUGUGUCCUGGAGGUUGUUGGGUUUUGAGCAUCAGCCUUGCAUCAGCACAUCCUGGCUCCAGUGUGGAUGAAAAGAGAGUAUGUGAUGAGAUCUGCCUGUGAAGCCCCUGGGGUUAGUCAUGUCCCAGGGAUCCCAGAAGAGGACUAGUUAUUCACAGUCUGGCAGCUGCAUAACUGUCAGUGAAUAUUCCUUUCUCACUCUGCUUUCCUGUAUCAGAAAUUCAUUUUGAUUCAGAACAAAAACCAAAUGUAUAGUGCUUUGGGUUUAGGAUAUGAAAUUUUAUUUAGACUUAAGAAAAUGAGAAAAUCAGAUGUAUUUAUUUGACUUCAUUCCAUAUUUGAAAGCACAUUUUAAUUUUUAUUUUGCCAUUUUUUAAGUGAGUAAUGAGAGUUGUGGCCCUUUGUAUAUAGUAUACAGAAGGAUCAGUUGCUUCUGAAGCAAAGAGUUCAGGAUGGGGUAUUAGGAGGUUGGGUAAAGAGGGAAAGAAAAGAAGGAAGUGAGAAGGGGAAGGAGGAGCAUCUAGUCUUCUAAACUGGAUCUCAUACCCUCUGCUGUCCAGUAUGCUGCUUCUUAAUGAUUCCCUCAAGGCACUGUACACCUGUGGCUCCUCUGUGCAAAAGACUUGAGCUAUGUGCUACUCAGGUGGGUUUCCUCCCAUCUGAGGCAAACACCUCUUUUCUAGCUGGGAUCAACUUCCAGUUACUAGGAAUCCUCAAUGUACUAAAUACCUGGCACUUGAAAAUAGGUGUUUUUUUCUAUUUUCUUUUCUGUUGAGGGUUGGGAUUUGGGAGGGAGAGGAAACAAAUUUUAUUCUCUUAAGUAUAAAUUUGUUUUUCUGAAUAAUUGUUUCACUGUUAUAAUUAUGCAUCAGACUUCAGCACUUGUGUAAAAUUAUUCCUGAAAAUUGAACAGAAAGUAAAAAAAAAAAAAAAAAAGGAGAUGCUUCAGAUGGUGGCAGUGGUGGGAGUUGCUGAGGAGGGUUUGGAGACUUUGGAAGGUUAUAUAACUGAAUCUCUCCUGAGUUGAACACUGGCUGUCAUUAGCCACAGGCACUGCUGAGUAAAUGGCCAGUAAAAUGUUAGUGUCUGGAGGUCUGACUCUAAUUUUUACACUGAUUGUGCCAAAGGACUCUUUGAGUUAAAUAAGGAAUGAGUGCCAAGAGAGGAGUUGAAAGAUGUGGAGAAGGCAGAGCUACCCAAACCAGCUUCAGAAGCACUUCUUCUGACUUUACUGCUAGUACUUUUUCCACACUGGUGCUUGACUGACCUUAAAAAAUUGCAAAUCAGUACAGACACUGGAUACUGCAAGCAAGGUGUUGGCAACUGCUUGUUCUAGAGUAACUAGUAUAUUGGAAGCUUCCUAUAGAGGAUAAAGGUUUCAGAAUUGUAACUCAAAAACUCCUUCACUUGUUGGUUUUCUCUUAUUUUCGUUAUGCAUUAGGUAUAUAUGUUUUGGAUUAUUUUUGCCAAUUGAAACUAAAUCAUUUGUCAAAUCUUAAAAUUCUGUUAAUAUGCAGUGAGUUAAUCCACUGCUCUUACCUUUCAGUAGAGCCCUGUGAACUUCAUGAGUAGUCACGAUGUAAUGCUAUUCUUCCCUGCAGUCCAAAUAUAUAUACACACACACACACACACACACACACACACACACACACACACACACACUCAUUGCAAGUGGUAAGGAUUCCCAAUUACUCUUAUAAACAGCACUACAGCUUAUAACAAGCUCAUUUAUGUCCAGAUUCCUGUUGCUAUCUUUUCAGAAGUGAUGUCUUUAAGAAAACUGACCAACUUGGACUGUUGGACACUCAUUUAUAAAUUAUAAUUACAUUUUGGUUUGUAGACCCAAGUAUAAAUUAAAUCAGAAUGAGAUUUAAAAACUUUAGAAGCAGAAGCUGUGAACUUGAACUUUAGAAAGUUCAAGUUCAAUGGACUUGAACUUUCUGAUUUCUUAAGCCAGUAGAAACUAAUGGUCACAUUGUGCUGCUAAAAAUAAUGCAGUUGCUCACAAAGGGUUUCACUGUAGCCACUUGACACAAAUACCAUCAGUGGGCAGUUAAUCAGGAAAAAGGUAAAUAUAAAUAGAACUUUCACCUCACCUUCAGACACUACAGGGAAAUUAUGUAAUUCUCUAGCACUCACUUAAGAAGUUUUAUAAGUUAACAAUGUUUUGGUUCCUUUUCUAGCUCAGCAAAUAUCUUGUCCUUAGCAACUAUUUGCAGUUCUUUUCUUGCAGUUUAACCUAUCCUUGGAAUAAUAACAGGGCUAACUAGAAAAUACUUUGACCAUAGCUUUAGUACUUCUAAAGUAAUUUAUAUGUAGAUUUUCUGAUGAAGCCCCAAAAUGAAGUGUAAUUUUGAAAAGAUCCCAUAAUUUCAAGUGUUCUUUUUAUCUUACCAGCUGAACUUCUUCCCUUCUCCUUCCUAGCCUGGCCUCCCACACCUUCCAUUUUAUUUUGGCUGUUAUAAUCAUAUCUAUUUUACUUUGAUAUUAAUAAUGCCUUUCAGGAUGAUGGAAUUCAACCUGUCCUUGAGUGGAAAUGGUUACCAUUAAAGUCAUUUUCAGAGUUACAAGACCAGAUGUUGAAAUCUACUUCCAUUCAGAAGAGCCCAAAGGUAGUGGACAAAGCAACAUUCCCAGAGCAGGAGAGCUGGGGUUUAGCUAUUGUAUUGGGCCUAAUGGCUCCUUUGCUACUAAGCGGCAAAUUACAUUUGAAGUGAGAAGAGAAUACAGAGUUAAUCAUGGCAAAUCAGUAAGUGCUCAGAGUGCUCUAAUUUAAAAUAUUGAUUACUGCCCUUGAAGCUACAUAUUUUACAUACCUUAAUAUCAGCUAACUUGGACUGCUUGAGUUAUCUUGGCUUUUCAAACCUAAAUUAUAACUAUUUAUUAUACUGCAUGUGAGGUAUAUUUCAUAAACUUUGUGGCUUUUUUAUGAAAUAUACUUCCCAUGCAGUAUAAUAAAUAGUUAAAGUUUAGGUAAAAAGGAAAAAAAGUUUUAUUCGAUUUUGAAGAGAGGAGCUAAUUUGACAGUAGAGGGGAAAAGUCUGUCUUUUAUUAUUUUUAGAAGGUAAAGAAAAUAAUAUGCUUUUUUAGGUUAUCUUUUAUUUGUAUACUUUUUUCUUUUUGAUAUUGGUAAAUUUGGUGUAUUACAUGGAGCAUCUGUAUUUCAAACUGGAAACUAUUUUCUCUGAAGGUGGUGUUAUUUAGUACUAUUAUUGGACUAGAGCUUUGGUCAAUAUUUUCUUGCCUGUAUGUCAUAGAAGACAUCAUUGAGAACUGAGUACAGAGGAUCUCAAAAUAGACAAUUAGCAGGACCUUCCAGUUACCUCUCUGCUGGAUUUUUCCUCCUAGUGUUACAAUUUUUGUUUUCUAAAUCAUGUUUUUUCUUGAUUUUUCUACCCCUCUUCAAAGUGGUCUGCAAAAUUGUUUGAACUUUCCUCAAGAAAAGAGUUCCUUUGCUUCAUUUCUUAUGCCUUCCCACUGGUUCUGAUGAUGUUGGUAAUAAAUUGGUAGGAAAAAAAUGUACCUCCUAGAAGGAAGCUCUGUCUGCCAUUUCUAGGGGCCAACACUUAUGCAUGUGUUCUAUAAAAAUAACUGUAAUAUGCACACCGUUGGUUAUUGUUAAUAAGCCUCUUCCUACUAAAACAUUUUAUUUUCCUUGUUCACCAUACAAUCAUGUACUCUUUAACAGAAAUUACUUUUUAAAAAUCUGGAACAACCUUCAAGAAAAAUCUGUAUUAAUAAUCAUGUAUUUUUCACUGAUCACAUUUUGAAAUACCCGAAAGACUUUAUUGUUCUAAUUAUCCAGGUACACCUUUGUAAAAUAACUCUUUUAAGAAUUAGCUGAUAAGGCUGUGUGUUUCUGGAACAAAGUACUGGUCAUCUAAAAACUUUCUCUUGGAUCUGGGAAAAUAAAAAAUUAGAGUUCAAAUAUUAAAUAUGCUUAAAGGAA